AUGAUCUUUGUCUUCCAGGAUCUGACCGGGCAGAACAGCAAUGAUUCGGGUGGAAGCGGUGGCGCCGGGCGCGCUACUACGCCGCACUUGAGGCCCACGCCGAGCCCCACCGGCUCUAGCGGAUCGCGAUCCAUGUCACCGGCUGUCGGUACGCAGAACGUGAGUAUGCCACCGCGACCGUCAUCAUCACUCUCGGACGGCGGCGGGCCGCCUGUGCGAGCUGGGGCCCCGGCAGCUGGCCCGCCUCCGACGGGGGCUCCACCGCCAGGGGCCAUGCUCCCUCAACCGUACCAUUACAAGCCGGCGCCGUACCCUCCGCAACCGUAUGGCUACCCACCGCCGCGCAACCAUCCCUAUCCGUACGGCGGAUAUAGGCCCACCCCGCCGCCACAUCCUUCUCAACACUAUCCACCGCUCAAAGGUGGCGUCGGUCGUCACAUGGGACCGCCGGGCGAAUCUAUGGGUCCUCCGAAUGCGCCGGGCGAAUCGCACGAUAACGGGCCUGCGCCACCUGCUACCGCGUUGGUGACCACUGGCCCUGAUGGGGCACCUCUAGACGAGGGGAGCCAACAGAGUACCCUGAGCAACGCGUCUGCAGCAUCGGGCGAAGAACCGUGCGGCACGGGCAAAGGCUCUCGCAAGGAUUACGGGAGUGCGGCGCCUUCGCCCUCUCCCGGGGGUGGAUCGCAUUCUUCAGCGCACGACGACUACGAGGCUUCGCCUUCUCCUUGGCCGCGACCGCCUUCUAGUCCCUCGGACUCGCUGGUCAAGCUUUACGAGAUGGACGACGCGCCGGAGCGCCGCAGUUGGGUGGAGCGACUGCUCGCCUUCAUGGAGGAGCGCCGGACGCCGAUACCGGCCUGCCCCACCAUUUCCAAGCAGCCGCUCGACUUGUACAGGCUCUACCUGCUGGUGCGCGACCGAGGCGGAUUCGUUGAAGUGACGAAAAACAAAACAUGGAAAGACAUAGCCGGUCUGCUAGGUAUCGGCGCGUCGUCGUCCGCAGCCUACACGCUGCGUAAGCACUACACUAAGAAUCUGUUAGCGUACGAGUGCCACUUUGACCGGGGCGGGAUAGACCCGCAGCCGAUCAUUAACCAAGUGGAGGCGUCUACCAAGAAAAAGAGCGGGAAGAACAACAACGCUGCUAACGCAGCAGGCAGUUCGAACAACUCUGAGCAGUUCGGAGGCAGCGCGGCGGGCGGCGCUCCAAUAGAUGCGUAUCAACCUCAUUACGCGCCCUACCCUCCGCAACCCGCGCAGCAAGGCGGCGGGGCGGGCGGGGACAAUCUCGCCGCUUCCAACCCGUUCGAUGAGCCGCCUGGCCCGCGGAGACCGCCAGGUUACCAGCAGGGCUACGGAUAUGAAUACGGAUCUCCGUACCCGGGGAAUAGACCUGUUUACCCACCGUAUGGUCCCGAAGGCGACAGGGGUUACAACCCAGGUGAAUACAGGUACGGUGGAUACGGAGGACCUUAUAGAGCCGGGGCGCCUGCACCGGGACCCGGUGCAACGCCUGGGGCUCCAGCGCCCCCUUCUCCAGCGGGGGCUCCGCCCGCACAGCCCUAUCCCGACUACUAUCGACAACCGCAUCCCCAUCAGCCGCAUCCACCACAUCCACCGCAUUCGCCACAACAACCCCACGAAAUGGCGGCGUGCGGCAGCCUGAUGAGCUCGCAACUAGCGCGGCAGCUCGUGGCGCCCCUGCCCCCCACGUCGCGCCCCUACCAGUACGCUGGAGGGAAAGCACCGCCGCCGGCCGUUAAUGCCGGGCCGCCGGGCGCGGCUGGGGCUCCGAGGCGGCAUCCCGAUUUUGCUAAAGAGCCCUACAAUGCGAACGCACCGCCUGGUGCGCCGCCCAGUCCCGCCGGACCUCGGUUCGGUGGUGGGUGGGGCCCCAGCUUCCAGAGACCGGCGUCGCCAGCGUGGCGUCCUCCGCAUCAUCCACCCUUGCCGCACCAUCAGCAGCCCGGUUGGCCGCCGCAACCUCACCAGCCACAUCAACCAUACCACCCACCGGCGGCGGGCGGACCGGCAUGGGGCGGGCCUCGGCCGCCGCAGGACCUCUCGCCCGCCGCGCCCUCACCUGGUGCCACAUCCGGCGUUGGACAAAUAAAACGCGAACUGACAUUCCCCCCGGAGUGUGUGGAAGCGACGGUUCCCGCGCCCGAGAAAAGACGCAGACUGACCAAGGCCGACGUGGCGCCGGUGGACGCGUGGCGAAUCAUGAUGGCGCUCAAAUCCGGCUUGCUCGCCGAGACGUGCUGGGCAUUAGAUAUACUCAAUAUACUUCUCUUCGACGACAACUGUAUAGGCUACUUUGGACUGCACCACAUGCCCGGCGUUUUAGAUUUACUGUUGGAACACUUCCAUAGAAGUCUCGGCGACGUCUUCGACACGCCGUCCACUGAGAACGAGCCCUGGUAUGCGCCGCCGCCGACGCCCGAGCCGACCGUUAAACCCGCGCGCAAAGGCGACCCACCUGACCCCACUGACAGAGUUAAGAUCAUCAACGGCGAAAACUACACACUGCAGUCGAGACGGCGGAUUCCAGUUACCUUCACCACCAAAAAUGACGACGCUGACGCUUUGUUCGCACCAGAGGACCCCGAGACUAAUGAUGACGUCGAAGACGUGAUGGAGCCUUGGCAGAUGGGCACAGCCACGAGCUUUGACCACGUAAUGCCAUGUUUCCGCGCCGAAUUUGUGCACUUACCUUUUGUGAGAGUUUUGCCCGGGGAGAGGGCGCCAUCGCCCCCCGCACCGCUGGCCUCUCCACACUCGGAAAGCACCAGUGAAACGCCGGCCCCUCCGGAUCUUUCGGAACCUCCGCCCGACUCUAUAGGACCAUCCACGACGACGGACGACGGAGAUAACUUAGAAGCCGAACCCAUGGACAUCGAACCGGAGAGGAAGCCGACGUUACAAGUCCGAGAUCCCGCCGGCGUUCUGAAACGGAGACGCCUAGAAGACUACGAGGACGAGUGCUACACGCGCGACGAACCCAGCCUUAACCUUAUCAACGAGACGCGGGACGGUCUCGCCAAGCGGUGCAUAGCGUUGUCGAAUAUCUUGCGCGGAUUGACUUUCGUGCCCGGCAACGAGGCCGAAUUCUCGCGGUCGAGCGCGUUCCUGGCGCUCGCGGGCAAGUUACUCCUGCUGCAUCACGAACACGCGCCCCGGGCCGCUAGAGCCAAGGCGUACGAAAGGGCCGCGAAAGAUGAGGUGGACGCGGACGCGUGUUGCUCCAGCUUGAAGGGCGAGAGCGAAUGGUGGUGGGACACACUGGCGCAGCUCAGAGAAGAUGCGUUGGUCUGCUGCGCGAACAUCGCCGGUAGCGUCGAGUUAUCGGGCCAACCGGAGGCCGUGGCGCGGCCUCUCUUGGACGGCUUACUACAUUGGAGCGUCUGCCCGGCCGCCGUAGCUGGGGACGCACCCCCGGCUGCCGCCCCCGGCUCCCCCUUAUCCCCUAGAAGGUUAGCGCUGGAAGCGCUUUGUAAAUUGUGCGUUACGGACGCAAACGUAGAUCUCGUAUUAGCGACACCUCCGCGAGGCCGCAUCGCUGCGCUGUGCGCGGGUCUGGCUCGCGAUCUGUGUCGGCCGGAGAGACCUGUCGUUCGAGAGUUUGCCGUCAAUCUGCUGCAUUACUUAGCCGGGGCGGGAGGGGCUGCCGCGCGUGAGGUGGCCACGCACGCACCCGCCGUGGCGCAGCUGGUCGCCUUCAUCGAGCGCGCCGAACAGACCGCCCUCGGAGUGGCCAACCAGCACGGCGUGGCGGCUCUGCGAGACAACCCCGACGCGAUGGGCACGUCUCUGGAUAUGCUGAGGCGGGCGGCCGCCACGCUGCUGCGCUUGGCGGAGCACCCGGAGAAUCGACCGUUGAUACGUCGACACGAAAGGAGACUGUUAUCGCUCGUGAUGAGCCAAAUUCUCGACCAGAAGGUCGCGCACGAACUCGCCGGCGUGCUGUACCAUUGCAGCCAACAAAAGUGCGACGAACCGCGAGACGAGUGA